AGUUUUGUCAAUUUUAGUGGAGUUGCAAAUUGAAUGUACAAUGCAAAGAACAAAUUUAACUGUCGGUGCUUUUUCGGUGCCAUUUGCUGAAGGAUUUGCUGAAGAAGAUGAUCAAGUUGUUCCUAAAUUGGAGUCUCUUAAACGAUGGACAGACACUCUCUCGGAUUACGGUCGUUUCAACCUGAAAUUUAUUUUACCCGAGGCAGGACAAUUUGGAGUGCUAACGGAAACUGGUUAUCAUGAUGGAGUUUUGGGUUUAUUACAAGCCGGGAAAGCUGAUAUGUGUUUAUUGCCAUUUUCGUUGGAUACCCAGAAGGCUCCAGGUUAUUUCACUUCAGUUGUGUCAGAAGAAAACUUUUAUAUCGUUAGCAUACGCAAUCUGAAUAAAGACCAUUCAGCUAUUAUUUCAAGUCUAACAUCAGUCACCGUGAUUCCUUUAAUAUUGGCUAUUCUGGCCAUAUUAAUAUUGGAAUUGAUUGCUGUCAAAUGUUUCAAAAUUGAAGCAUUAGUGAUGGCCAUCUUAAAAUCCUUUGGCAUCUCAUUUUACCAAGAAUUAUCUCACACUUCAUCAUGCCUCUGCUUGAUUCAAAUGCUUAUCCUAAUGUUUCCUGUGUUUAUCUUUAAUUCUGCAUUCAGUACUCAAACGAUUGUAGGUACUGCAGACUACAAGAUUGAUACAUGGAGAGAUGUUAUCAACCAGGGAAAGAUACCAUUUUUCAUUGAAGGCAUUUAG